UGUUGUUGUUGUGUGAAGAGAACUUUGAUAAAUGGAGACUGAUCAGAUUGAGGAAAUGGAUGUCGAAGUCUUGUCUUCAAUGUGGCCCGAAGAUGUUGGAACUGAAGCUGACAAACAGUUCAACGUCGAGAAACCUGCCGGAGAUUUAGACACGUUGACAGAAGUGACAAUUGAAGAGAAACCGACCAUUGCGGAUUUGACACGGUUACCAGAACUAAUGAAUUCGACUCAACAAGGCUCGUCUCAACUAACCAACCUUGUGAAACAAUGGGAGUAUAUGCAAGACAAUGCGGUUCGGCUACUAAGAGAAGAGCUUAAGAAUCUCAAUAGACAGAGAGAAGAAGCUGAGGCACAAGAGUUGAAGAUUAUUGAGGAGUAUAAGUUUGAGAGCAACGAGCCUGAGAAUGUUCCGGUUUUGGAUGAGACGAGUGAUUCAUUCCGCAGGUUUAGGCAUAAAAAAAGAGAUGCGUUGGUCGAUAGGACGAUAGCAAAAAGAUUGAGAUCUAUGAGGAGUUUGACACGGUUGCAUAUUGGAAACCGAAAAUGCUUGAGGCGAGUACUGAGAGAGAAAGGAGAUUGAUCGAGAAGCUGAGUGAGAGUUUGAAGACUAUGGAAAGUCAGUCAGCACCGGUCCAAGAGCUAACUCAGAAUCUUAAGAAAGCUGAAGGUUUCUUGCAUUUCAUACUUCAGAAUGCACCUAUUGUAAUGGGCCAUCAGGAUAUAGAUUUACGUUACUUGUUCAUCUACAACAAGUAUCCUAGUUUGCGGGAACAGGACAUUUUGGGAAAAACAGACGUUGAGAUAUUCCACGGAGGUGGCAUUAAAGAAUAUCAAGAUUUCAAGAGAGAAGUUCUUGAGAAAGGAAAAGCUUCAAAGAGAGAGAUCACAUUUACGACAGAUUUAUUCGGAUCAAAGACGUUUUUGGUAUAUGUUGAGCCUGUUUACAACAAAGCUGGCGAGAAAAUCGGUAUAAACUACAUGGGAAUGGAAGUAACUGAACAGGUAGAUAAAAGGGAGAAAAUGGCGAAACUUAGAGAAGAUAACGCAGUGAGAAAGGCGAUGGAAUCAGAACUGAACAAGACCAUCCACAUUACAGAGGAGACAAUGAGAGCGAAGCAAAUGCUAGCGACAAUGUCUCAUGAGAUAAGAUCACCAUUAUCCGGAGUAGUGGGAAUGGCUGAGAUACUUUCAACUACAAAACUGGAUAAAGAGCAAAGACAGUUGUUGAAUGUCAUGAUCUCUUCUGGGGAUUUGGUGCUUCAGCUAAUCAACGACAUUCUUGAUAUUUCCAAGGUUGAAUCAGGUGUGAUGAAAUUAGAAGCUACAAAGUUUCGACCAAGAGAAGUGGUCAAGCAUGUGCUUCAGACAGCUGCAGCAUCGCUGAAGAAAUCUUUGACAUUAGAAGGAAACAUUGCAGAUGAUGUUCCUAUUGAGGUAGUUGGAGAUGUUCUAAGGAUUCGGCAGAUCCUCACCAAUUUGAUAAGCAAUGCUAUCAAAUUCACACAUGAAGGAAAUGUAGGAAUCAAACUCCAAGUGAUAUCAGAACCAUCCUUUGCGAGGGAUAACGCAUUGAACGCAGACACCGAGGAACACGAACAAAACGGUUUGACCGAGACUUCAGUUUGGAUCUGCUGUGAUGUUUGGGACACUGGAAUUGGAAUCCCAGAAAACGCUAUUCCAUGUUUGUUCAAGAAGUACAUGCAAGCAAGCGCUGAUCAUGCCCGCAAAUACGGUGGAACUGGUCUCGGACUUGCCAUUUGUAAACAGCUGGUUGAGUUAAUGGGAGGUCAACUCACUGUGACAAGCCGGGUGAACGAAGGUUCAACGUUCACAUUUAUAUUACCCUACAAAGUUGGAACAUCAGAUGAUUAUUCAGAUGAUCAAGAUGAGUUCUCUGACAUGGCGGAUCAUCACUCCAAACCAGACGAUACAGCUGAGGGAUAUUUCCAGUUUAAACCGCUGGAGACUGAUCAGAUUGAGGAAAUGGAUGUCGAAGUCUUGUCUUCGAUGUGGCCCGAAGAUGUUGGAACUGAAGCUGACAAACAGUUCAACGUCGAGAAACCUGCCGGAGAUUUAGACACAUUGAAAGAAGUGACGAUUGAAGAGAAACUAACCAUUGCGGAUUUGACACGCUUACCAGAACUAUUGAAUUCGACUCCUCAAGGCUCCUCUCAACUAACCAACCUUAUGAAACAAUGGGAGUAUAUGCAACACAACGCGGUUCGGCUAUUAAGAGAAGAGCUUAAGAAUCUCAAUAGACAGAGAGAAGAAGCUGAGGCAAAAGAGUUGAAGAUCAUUGAGGAGUAUAAGUUUGAGAGCAACGAGCCUGAGAAUGUUUCAGUUUUGGAUGAGACGAGUGAUUGGUUCCGCGGGUUUAGGCAGAAGAAACGAGAUGUGUUGGUCGAUAGCAAGAAGAUUGAGAUCUAUGAGGAGUUUGAUAGCAAGAAAGUUGAUGAUGAGGAAAAUAGCGACACAGUUGCUACUUCUACGGAUAUGAAUGAAGCUGUGAAUGUUGAAAAAAGUAAGGAAGCGGAACAGGAAGAAGCUGAAGUUAAAGAAGAGGAGAGCGAAAGAAGAAGCAACCGAAACAAGCGCCCAAGUUAAGAAAUACCAGAGGAAGGAACAAAGAAGGAAGUGGUGCAAGGGAAGAAGGAAUCUCCAACAGCG